AGCUGCCGCAUUCGCGUACUUGUUACGUUGUUUUUGUGGCGGAAAGGCCGCCCCGACUCUCCUCUAUACGCAUUUGUCGUUAGAGAGCUACCCCUUGGCAGCAGGUGAGGUCAAAUGCAGAGGAAAGGAGCGGAAGAGCUUUGCUGACAGGUGGAUUUAAAUAUUUUCGCUAAAAUGGAACAAAUGGGCUUUAACAAAACGGCGCUGGUCGAGAGCCUCAUAGUAUGGCUGCAGACCUUUAACACUCCUGCACCCUGCAGAACAGUGGAGGAGCUGACCACUGGAGCGGCAAUAUCACAGGCACUGCAUCAGAUAGACCCAGCAUGGUUCACCGAUGGAUGGCUCGGUCGUAUCAAAACAGAUGUUGAGGACAACUGGAGACUGAAGAUGAACAACCUGAAGAAGAUCCUUCAGAUGGUGGUUGAUUAUUAUAAUGAGGUCUUAGUCCAGGAGAUCUCAGACUUCCCCUUUCCAGAUCUGGCCAAGAUGACAGAGCAUUCAGACCCUGUGGAGCUGGGGAGGCUUCUGCAGCUCAUACUGGGCUGUGCUGUCAGAUGUGAGCGUAAGCAAGAAUACAUUCAGAUCAUCAUGACUCUGGAGGAGUCUGUGCAGCACGUUGUCAUGACAGCCAUCCAGGAGCUCAUGAGUAAAGAGAGCAUGGCCCCAUUUGGAGCAGAGCUGUCAGGGGACUUGGAACAGCAGUUAAAAAAAGCCCUCGAGGACCUCGCUGAACUUUUAGCCGAGAAGGAAGCAUUAGCCCAACGCUGUCAAGAGCUGGACAUACAGGUGACUGUUCUGCAAGAGGAACGAAACAGCUUAUUGGCUGAGAAUGAUGUCCUAACUGACCGGACCAACCAGCUCGACACAUUCGACGACCCCAGCACACCCUCAGGAAGAAAACACAGCCAGUUACAGCAACAGCUGGAGACACUGCAGGAGGAAAACUUCAGGCUGGAGGCCGCUAAAGAUGAUUACCGGAUCCACUGUGAAGAGUUGGAGAAGCAGCUGAUUGAGGUUCAGCACCGUAACGACGAGCUCACCAGCCUCGCCGAAGAAUCUCGAGCUCUCAAAGAUGAAUUGGACGUUCUGAGGAACUGCUCGGAUCGAGUGGUGAUGCUGGAGGCCUCGGUGGAAACGUACAAGCGUAAGCUGGAGAAUCUGGGCGAUCUGAAGAGGCAGAUGAAGCUGCUGGAGGACAAUAACAUGACCUACAUGCACAACACUGUCAGCUUGGAGGAGGAGCUACGCAAAGCCAACGCUGCUCGUGCACAGCUCGAGACAUACAAGAGACAGGUCCAGGAGCUACACAAGAAGUUGUCUGAGGAGACGAGGCGAGCAGACACCCUGGCCUUUGAGAUGAAGAAGUUGGAGGAGAAGCACGAAACUGUGAUGAAGGAGAAAGAGAGGAUCAUCAUUGAAAGAGAUUCUCUUAAGGAGAUCAACGAGGAGCUGCGAUGCACUCAGGCUCAACAGCACCAGCUGUCCCAAGCAGGUAUCUCUCUAGGGAUGCUUCCUUCCAGCAGUCCCAGCCAUGAUAACCUGGCAGCUGAAUUAAUACCCAUUGAGUAUAGAGAAAGGUUCAUCAGGCUGCAGCAUGAGAACAAGAUGCUGAGAGUGCAGCAGGAGGAAUAUGAGCGGGAGAAGAUCGCUGCUCUGCAGGCUCAGCUGGAGGAAGCACAUAAGACACGCAGUGAACUGGACACUGAGAACAGAUUGAGCCGAGAGCGGAUCAGUGAGUUGCAGCAGCAGGUGGAGGACCUCCAGAAGGCUCUGCAGAGUCAGGCAGCCAAGCCCGAUGAUUCAAACCUGAAGCGGAAACUUGAUGCGCACAUGGUCCAGCUGAACGAGGCUCAGGAUGAAAUCAUGAAGAAGAAAGAGUUGCUGGAAGACCUUCAACCCGACAACACUCAGACCUCCUUGAAGGUGGAUGAGCUGAUGGCUGCUUUGAAGAAGAAGGAUGAUGACAUGCGGGCCAUGGAAGAGAGGUACAAAAUGUACCUGGAGAAAGCUCGCAAUGUGAUCCGAGCACUGGACCCGAAAUUGAAUCCAGCCACAGCUGAGAUCCAGGCUCUGAGGAACCAGUUGGCAGACCGGGACAAGCAGAUUCUCAACCUGGAACGUCAAUGUGAGCAGGCCAGGCUGAGGGAAUAUGAGGAGAAGCUGAUUGUCACAGCAUGGUAUAACAAGAGUCUGAACUUUCAGAAGUUGGCCAUUGAAUCACGCCUCGGUGGCCGCACCUCCUCCAUGCUGUCCCCCGGCCAGUCCUUCUUAUCCCAGCAGCGGCAAGUCUCAAACGCGCCACGGCGGGCACUUUCCAUCAACGUGCCUGCCACUACUUCCAAAUAGACCUCAUCAAGCAGCCAAACAUCUCAUCUUUAUUCAGUGAAGGGAAAAAUACCCUCCCUCCCACAAGUGAGCCCUCAAGUGACCUUAAACACAUCUGCUCUCAGCGCUCGGGGAGGGGGUCACAAAUGGGCUGAUUGGGAUCGAUGAAAACUUACUUAUCUAACACAACCUUGUGAGUAACUGGCCUGCAGCUAUAGCUUAAUGUCCCACAACACACUGGCUACAAACUGGCCUUGUAUAGAGCAUUAACCCACAACCCGUAGUAGCGCGCACUGUCCCUACCAUAGACUUAAAGUAUACUACAUACUGCUCUGGGUUUUUUGCUUUGCCGACCGCACACUCAGCUUAACACUUGCUAUAAUCGGUUUAGCUUUCACCCUCUUAUAUCCUGUCAAGCUUGGUCAGGAAUGAGAGAAAUGUACAUGAGCGCUUAACCAUUUUAUUCAGAAUUGGAGACUGUACAAUAUAUGAAUGUAAUUUUUAAAAAGGGUUACUUGAAUGCCAAUGCCAACUAAAUGUAACUUCAGAUGAUUGUUGGAUGUAUGUACAACUGAACCGUCAUACUAUGCAGUGAAGGGGAUACUAAUGUUGUCAUCCAGCAGACUGAUGAAAAGACAAAUAUGCAUUAGAUGUCUUUAAGAAAGUGAUUGCUAUAUUUGGUGCUGGCCACCAACUGCUUUUAAGCAUCAAACAUCAGCCAGUUACUUUUUUUUUUUUUUCUUAUUGAAAUGGAACAAGCCCAUCAUGUAAAGCUAUGAAAAUCCUAUAAGUCAUAUUAAGUGAUCAACCUCUGAGGUGCUGCAACAACAACUCUUACAAAAUAAAUCCUGGCCUAGUGUGUUUCUCAUGUAUUUAAACUCCAAAAGUGUGAUCUGACUUCCUUGCUGGCAGCAUGCUCUAAAUAAAAACUGGCAGGUCUUUCUAUUCACUGAAUAUGUUGAAUCCUAUUUAGUGGUAAGUAAUCAAGAUUAUAAUCUAUGAAGUUUUACAGAUGUAAUGUAAACGAUGAUGAUGAUGAUGAUGAUGAUGAUUUUAACACCAGCGUUUGAUCCAAAUGUUGGGACCAGGCUCAGCAAUCAAUCAAUACCUGCAAAUUGUAACUUGAGAAAUUUGAUUGUAGUUGGUAUUGUAUUUAAUCAUGGACAUGUUUUCAGGCUGAUUAUUUCAGAGUGAAGAGUGCUGUAGAGAAGCAGUUGUUCUCUUUCAUAUUGUGGGUAGUUGGCUGUCUGAUCUUAUGAAGUCUUAAGUUAAACUGCACUAGUUUCAUAACACAGAAUGGCUGUUGAUUGCUUUUGUUACUCUGUAUGUUUACCAUUUGUGAUCGAUGGAUGUGUGUUAAAGCGCUUUUAUUUUCCUUUGCAGUUGAUGAUUCUUGUAGAUUACUGAUUUAAAAGCAGUGUCAUUUAUAUAAAAAUAAGAACAAUCAAACGUAGCGCAGCACAGAAACUACAUAUGUGGUGUCAUAUGUUUG